CGCGCCCCGUCAAAUCUUGCAGCUCCUUCGAAGAAGCCAGCAGCUUACCAUCUCGACCACCAUCUGCCAAGGGAGCUUUCCGCAAGACAAGGCACUCAUUCUUUCCACCAUCCCUUUUCCUCCCACGCCAGAUCAUCAACAUGGAGCGCACUCUUGGCUCUCUGCGCCAGCUGCGCAGCUCGUGCCCUUUCCUGGCGCGCACCCCGAUGCCACAAUUGCGUAACAUGAGUUCUCACAGCUUUAUCAGCGAUGGUCCCACCCACCUCGCGGUUAGAGCACAGCAAUGCCCAGUCAUGAGCGAGGCCAUCGCUUCUCAUCCCGAGACUGCCGUACAAGCUGCUCCGGCCAUGUCGAGUGCCGCUGGAAACUUUUUAUUCGGCUCUGGCCCAGCGCAGCUUGCUGCUUCCAACCGCCUCGGCACUGCCAGCCCUCGUCCUUCGGUCUGCCCAUUCGCUGCUGGUGCAACCUUCAACCCUCACUUGGCUAACCAGCAGCAAACCCGUGGCUACGUCGCACGCACCGAGUCCCCCUUCGCGAGCAUUGUGCCCAACGACCGCAUCGACCGCAUUCAUGCUCAAGAAGGCAUCCGCACUGGAGGCGUUGGGGACGUGGAGAGAUGCCCCCACACGAAGGCGCUAGCAGCUGCUGCAGCGGCUGAGAAAGCUGCUGCCUUCGCCGCCGAGGGUCGCUCCUCCUUCCGCGCCGAUGCUGUCAAGAAGAAGACCAAGCAGACCCGCACUCCAGGCAGCGGUAUGGGUAUUCCACCCACGCCACAGCCCAAGCAGGCGCCGGGCUUCGACUAUGAGCAAUUCUACCACCGCAACAUUAUGGCAAAGCAUGCGGACAAGUCUUACCGCUACUUCAACAACAUCAAUCGUCUGGUCGACCGUGCGCCUCGUGGACAUCUUCAAGACGAGACCCAGGAGAUCACCGUCUGGUGCUCCAACGAUUACCAGAACAUGAGUCGUCAUCCCAAGGUGCUCGAGGAGAUGUCCAAGACGCUCGCCAAGUACGGCGCAGGAGCUGGUGGCACGCGAAACAUCGCUGGUCACAAUCAGCAUGUCGAGCACAUCGAGGCCACCAUCGCCGAGCUUCACCGCAAGGAGGCCGCCUUAGUGUUUGGCUCAUGCUACGCAGCCAACGAUGCCACCUUGUCGAUUCUGGGCUCCAUGCUUCCGAAUUGCGUCAUCUUCUCGGACAGCUCCAACCACGCGUCCAUGAUCCAAGGCAUCCGCCAUUCGGGCGCGAAGAAGGUCAUUUACAAGCACAACGACAUGGCAGACCUCGAGGCAAAGCUGCAAGCUGUACCUGUAGACACUCCCAAGCUCAUCGCUUUCGAGUCCGUCUACAGCAUGUGCGGCACGGUUGGACCCAUCGAGAAGACGAUCGAGCUCGCGGAGAAGUACGGUGCCAUUACUUUCCUCGAUGAGGUGCACGCUGUCGGCAUGUACGGGCCUCGCGGUGCAGGUGUUGCUGAGCACCUGGACUGGGACGUUCAGAUGCGUGGCGGUGCCUCUGCUCAAGGUGGCAAGCCGACAAUCAUGGACCGUAUCGACAUCAUCACUGGUACGAACGGCAAAGCCUUUGGUGUCGUGGGCGGGUACAUCGCCGGUUCCUCCCGCUUUGUGGACAUGAUCCGCUGCUUUGCUCCUCAAUUCAUCUUCUCGACCACUCUGCCACCUGCUGUGCUUACUGGAGCUCGUACCGCUAUUGAGCUGCUCAUGGAGAGCAACUCUUCUCGCCGUCUUCAGCAGAUCCGUACGCGGGAGCUAAAGGCAGCUCUGGCAGACGUCUCGAUCCCCAUUCAACAAAACCCGUCGCACAUCGUCCCCAUUCUCGUCGGCGAUGCAAACCUCGCUCGCGCUGCAAGCGACAUGCUCCUUCAAGACCACGGAUGCUACGUCCAGCCUAUCAACUAUCCCACCGUUGCACGUGGCCACGAGCGACUUCGCGUGACUCCCACACCUGGUCACAGCGAAGCCGACAUCGCUCAUCUAGUCCGCGCUCUCGACGACGUUUGGACCAGACUCGACCUGCGCCGUACGGACGAUCUGCGCGCCUGCGCUCCUGGUACUGACAAGCUCGCUGAUCUCUUCAUUGAGGCCGAGCGCGACGUUGCUAGUCUGCCGCUCUGGUCUGACGAUCUCCUGGGUCUGUCCAAGCGCAUCGCCGAUGCGCCUGGCUCUCGUUCUGUCCGCACUGGUGCCCCUGCAUUCACGGCAAGCAAAGGCGCAGCACCAGCUGUGACUGCCUCUGCUUGAGUAGCUCACGUGAUGUUUUGAAGCCAAGCUUUCUUUCCCUAAUUUGAUUUGCAAUGAAACAUUCCUUGAUUGUGCAGCC